AUGUCUACCAACGAGACGACACCGCUCCUUAGUGACGACGGCAUUUCGCCUGCGUCGGACAGACAAAUCGAUGAAGAUGAGGUUCUCAAGGUCUCGCCGGAAGUUUGGGCCGAGCGCUUCAUCGAGAAGGGCGAGAGCUGGCGACGCGACUAUGAGCGAAAGCUCAUCCGCAAGGUCGACCUUCGAUUAAUGCCUACCCUCGUCAUCAUGUACCUCCUCAAUUUCCUCGAUCGUUCGAAUCUCACCCAAGCCCGACAGGGCACAUUGGAACAAGAUUUGGGGAUGCAAGGUACAGACUACAAUGCCGCUACCAGCAUCUUCUUCGUGGGCUACUUGUUGAUGCAACUGCCAUCUAAUCUGCUUCUCACACGGGUCAGACCAUCUUGGUACCUAGCGGCCUCCUGCUUGUUAUGGGGGAUCAUGUCAACAUCCAAUGCCGCGUCUCAGAACUUCACCCACCUCAUCGCCAUUCGGUUCUUCUUGGGCUUUGUUGAAGCUCCUUUCUUCCCAGGCGCAGUCUUUCUGAUGAGCUCUUGGUAUACUCGUGCCGAACUCACCCAGCGUAUUGCAUGGUUAUACACCGGCAAUGCCCUUGCUAACAUGUUUGGUGGCCUUCUCGGCGCGACCAUCCUGGGCAGUCUCGAGGGUGCUCUGGGUAUUUCCGGCUGGAGAUGGCUCUUCCUUAUCGAGGGCGGUCUCGCCGUUUGUUUUGCGUUGCUAUCAGCUUUCCUCCUACCUGAUUACCCACACACUACUACAUGGCUUGACUCCGAAGGAAAAGCCUUCGCCGCAUGGCGCUUGCUUGGGGAUUGCCAAGAAGCAGAUUCAUACAGUGACGUCUCUGUCUGGGAGGGUGUUCUUAUGGCGAUCAAGGAUUAUCGCCUGUACGCUUUCAUUGUCUUCCAGCAUACCAGCCUUCUUUCUCAGAGCUUCCAAUAUUUCUUCCCUGUUCUCGUGGGUACAUUGGGCUACGAUAAAAUCACGACAUUGUGGCUCACGGUGCCUUGUUGGUUUGCCACUUUCCUGAUUUCUAUUGCUGUGACUUUUACUUCAGCAAAGACGCAAGACCGAUCGAUACACAUUAUUGGGCUCAUGUUGGUGGCAACCAUCGGCAACGCCAUCGCAGCCACCUCGGACGUGAAUGCUGUGCGCUACUUUGCCAUGUUCUUGAUGCCUAUGGGCUCCAUCUCUGCUUAUCAGAUUCUGGUGGCAUGGGUUGCAAACUCCUUCCCACGGCCGUUGGUCAAGCGUUCGGCCGUCAUCGCCGUUUCCAACAUGAUUGGCAACACGGCGACAAUCUACGGAUCAUAUAUGUACCCGUCUUCCACAGGUCCUCGCUAUAUCCUCGGGAGUACCAUCAAUACCUUUGUCUGCCUUUUAGUGGUGGUACUGGCUAUUGCUCUACGAUUUAUCCACGUACGAGAGAACAAACGACUUGAGCGGGCUGAAGAGGACCACGCUUCGCCACAACCUAAUGGCAGUGGUGAUAUUGAAGAUCCGAAAGACGAAGCCGUGUCCAACUUUCUCGAGAACUAUGUACUCUAUCCGUGCAAUGAGUCCUCGUCUCCCGGCUUCCUUGAGCACUUACCGGGCCUCUUCAAGGAAGUCAAUCCGAGCCUACAUGCGCUGGGCAAGUCUCUAUCUAAGAAUGGCAAAGAACCAGACGAUUAUGAUUUAAUGACAGUCGUGGUUCUGGACAUAUUUGAGACCCUAUUUAUCCAUGACGAGAACAGUUUUGGCGCCCAUACUCAAGGAAUGGCACAUAUCCUACGUCUACGAGGCCAUAAACAAUUCCAUGACCCUCGGGGAUGGGGCCUAUUCCGACUGGCUCACCACCGGCUGCAAAAGGAAAGACUCGCAAAACAGCUAAGCCCUCUGCCAGAAUCUGGCCAGUGGCUUGGCUCACUGAGCAGCGAGAUACCCUUCGUAGAGUUAGAAAAGGGCGCAUUCGAUGUCAAUGAAGUUUGCGAGAGAGCAAGGUCCCUGCUUUUUAGGCUAAAAUCCGGCGCACCCUCGUGGGAAGAAAUGAUUCAACUCGUGCGGGAAAUGGUCAGCGUUGAUUUGAAAGUGUCUCGAUGGCGCGAGCGACCCGAAUGGACCUUCAAAUCUCUUCCGCGGAGUGCCUUGACUGGUGACCCAGAGUGUAUCAGUCGCCUCCCUCCCCGAGUCGAGAUACACCGCGAUAUAUGGAUGGCGUAUGAGUGGAACUACCACCGCACAGGGCGAAUUAUCCUACACCAGACACUUCUGGAAUGCCUUUUGCAGCCAUCUAUUGACCUCCCUGUUGCUGUUUCCGUCCAUGAGAUAUCAAAUUACAUCGAUGCAUCGACCUCCAUCAUUCACAAUCUCGCGGGCGGCAUCUUAUCAACUGUCCCUCAGUCUCUUGGGGAUAUUGACAGCACUGGGCAAUGUGUUUCACCAACCUCCGACAAGCCUGGAUGCCAGGCUAUUGGGGCAUAUCUUCUGCUAUGGCCAAUCAAGAUCAUCAAAUCUAGCAAUAGCAUGGCAACAGAAGCGCAAAGACACGACGCUGAACUUUGCUUUGAAAGAAUUCGGGAACGGACUGGAAUGAAAGCCAAGUUAGGCCCUUUGUCUUCUAUUUAA